ACUUUAUGUCGGGUCACACCCGCGAACUAAUAUUCAAGUUCACGAUGACUUCCAACUUCCAACUUCACCAGGUACCUGCCUAAUUGUGCAAGUUUAUGGGCAUUCUCUCCUCAUGUGGCGCAACUAUCCUAGCAAUGUGCUCAAUUUCAGCGCAAAAUUGUCUCGUAGACUUGCAACACCUCGUUGCAACUCCAUAAAUCUAAAGUUGCAAUCCCGUCUUCUAACUACGGAACAAAUCACAACAAGAACGAAGACCGAGAGGAUUGCAAAACCCGAUCGUCGGGUUGGACAAAACCGCGCCAUAGACAAUCAGAACUCGAGAGGCCCCCGAAUCCAGGGCGAAUCGUCGUCUAAUCCGCUGACGUGGGGCAAGAUGCAGCAGAUCAUCGAAUCUCAAAUAGAGCAAGAGGUUACAGGCAGUUCACCUCCGUACUCGCCUCAAUACGAGGGCUCUCCUCCUUCUGCCAAAUCCUCACCAAGACGCAGUCGCGAACCAAGUCCAACACCGCCGAAAAAGGACUGGGGAGGAAGCAAGUCUGAGGUUAAGUCAAAGCAGAAGCCGGUGCCUCAGAAGGGAAAACCUAGAGACGAAAUCGUUCCGCCGUCCGCCGAAUCAGGCGGAAUACCCGAGCCUUCGCCGGAGUACAUGGCCUACGCGUCGCAUCCGCCCUUCAUCUUGCCCUCCCCGCGCAUCAUCUUCAUAGUCAUCGACCUAAACGGCACCCUCCUCUUCCGCCCCUCGAGGACGCGCCCCACGGAAUUCACGAUGCGCCCCUACGCACGCGAGUUUAUGUCCUACUGCCUCCGCACCUUCAGAGUCGCCAUCUGGUCUUCGGCGAGGAUGAAAAACAUCACUGCCAUGCUGAACAAGUUCCUCACCCCCCAACAGCGCGAGCAGCUUGUCGCCGUCUGGGGCCGCGAACAUUUCGGCCUCUCGCCGAAGGACGACAGGAACCGAGUCAUGUGCUACAAGCGGCUAACCAAGCUGUGGGCCGACGCGCAGAUCCAAUCCACCCACCCGGAUGCCGAUCUAGGCAAACGUUGGGACCAGACCAACACAUUGCUCAUCGACGACUCGUUUGAGAAGGGCCGCAGCGAGCCCUACAACAUUGUACAGAUUCCCGAGUUCCACGGCGACCCUGCGGAGGAGGGAUACGUCCUUCCGCAGAUCCACGACUAUAUCAAUGAGUGCUCGCGCCAGAUGAACAUCAGCUCCUACAUUAAAUCGUCGCCGUUCGUGAUGCAGUACGGUUUCCAGCUUGCGCCUCAACAUACGCAGCAAUGAAUUGCUGGGGCAUAACGGACCAAGACAACGUUUGAAGCACAGUGAAGUUCCAAUGAGAAGUGACUCGGAGGCGUCGGAGGAUAUUUCUACCAGAUUAGAUACCCCAGGGUAUAGAGGCGUGCCAAAUGAUAUGGGAUUUGAGCACCGGAGUUCUACGGCAUUGAGUUAGGGGAUGGCAUUCUAAGAUAGGUACGGCGUUGGUAUGAUAUGGUGCUGAUGUUGCUUACUUUGCUGAGCCAUUGUACACUUCGAUUCACAUAUGGGAAGAAGGUGAUGACACUUGACUAAAAGAACAGCUUAACAAUUCGCAUAGAUGAUAACUACUGGUCUUGACACCCCUUUCCUGCCCUCUAGCAUCCAUGGUCCUUUUAGCAAUUAAGCAUAUCACCGGAGCGCGGGCUUAGCCUCAUUUAGGGCGCCAAGGGACAAACGGAACAUCUACUCUUGAUCAACCUCGAAUAGCGUACCCGAAUUCAGUUCAGGGCUACUUUCGAUAUUCAUGAUACCUGUUUGGGGCUGGCUUACACCUCCGGAGAAGGCAUACUGCUUAGGCUGAGAUGGCUUUGCGCGUAGCUUUGAAGUACCUACCUCCCGACCUAUCUACCUAAGUAGAUGCUCAUUAGGAGCGGUGGGUUCGCCUGUUACUAAAGGGGCCAAAUAACCCCUAUGCAAAGGAUUCGAUACUCAAUAGUAGUCAACCUCAAUCUAAAGAGCUGAG